AUGACUUCUGGUGACUUAUUCAGUACCAAACGUUAUGACCCAAUGACCUCUGGUGACUUAUUCAGUACCAAACGUUAUGACCCAAUGACUUCUUGUGACUUAUUCAGUACCAAACGUUAUGACCCAAUGACUUCUGGUGACUUAUUCAGUACCAAACGUUAUGACCCAAUGACUUCUGGUGACUUAUUCAGUACCAAACGUUAUGACCCAAUGACUUCUGGUGACUUAUUCAGUACCAAACGUUAUGACCCAAUGACUUCUGGUGACUUAUUCAGUACCAAACGUUAUGACCCAAUGACUUCUGGUGACUUAGUCAGUACCAAACGUUAUAAACCAAUGACUUCUGGUGACUUAUUCAGUACCAAACGUUAUGACCCAAUGACUUCUGGUGACUUAGUCAGUACCAAACGUUAUGACUCAAUGACUUCUGGUGACUUAUUCAGUACCAAACGUUAUGACCCAAUGACUUCUGGUGACUUAUUCAGUACCAAACGUUAUGGCCCAAUGACUUCUGGUGACUUAUUCAGUACCAAACGUUAUAACCCAAUGACCUCUGGUGACUUAUUCAGUACCAAACGUUAUGACCCAAUGACUUCUGGUGACUUAUUCAGUACCAAACGUUAUGGUCCAAUGACUUCUGGUGACUUAUUCAGUACCAAACGCUAUGACCCAAUGACUUCUGGUGACUUAGUCAGUACCAAACGCUAUGACCCAAUGACUUCUGGUGACUUAUUCAGUACCAAACGUUAUGACCCAAUGACUUCUGGUGACUUAGUAUGCUGUGAUGUUGGAAUGUGUCGCUUAACUGCCCAAAAAAACAACAACUUGGCGAGUUCGAAUCCCAAUGUAAACUCGAGAUCUGACGCAAGUGUUUUCUAA